UUCACGACACAUCCACUGGUGUGCGGCAUCUACGACGGGCCUACCCUACGCAACGCGUUGUCUCAUAUGCCCAAGUUACAUUCGAUCACCCUUGGCCUAGAAUACAGGACUGUUCACGGUAUCCCGUGGCCGGUUCUCCAGUUCAUUCUUUCUCUUCCACAGCUCCGAGAGUUCUCAGUCCGCUUCCACCACUUCGCUCCCAAAACGCCGCAGGAGGAUGUUCAUCUCGCUUGCCCCGCCCCAUUGACGUCCUUCGAACACAUACUGAAUGACCGCCGCCCACAUAACACGUUAUAUGACCCGGGGGAUGGGGAGGAGCACGCUAUCUCGGUCGUCCUGAGUGGUGUCCACAAGACGAUGGAGCGACUGGUCCUCACGACCGAGAUCGCCCCGCUUCGCGCCAUCUGCACCACCCUCGACUGGCCCAACCUCCGCGAACUGCGGCUCCGCGGUGAACCCCGUACCGUCGGAGACCCCCCUCUACCCAUCAUCGCGUUGUUCGCCCACAUGUCUCGCCUGCGUAUCCUCGACUUGAAGCUGAGUGAACCUGCGGAGUCUCCCCCUACGCCUCUCUGGCCCCUCCGCUACAAAUCAACGUUUCCGUGGCCGGAACUGCAGGAGCUCACCGUGUCCUUCCCGGUCAACAAAGACCGGAUAUAUGCGAACCUGCCUGCCACGCUGCGCACACUGACCCUACAAUGUUUCCCCCACGUCACCUCAAAAUACCGCCAGUACGGGGCCGAGGGUGUGUCGGGGCCUAUCCAGUCCUCUAGCCUGCUGCAGAUCUUACGCCGCUGCAAACUGCCGCUUCUCAGCAGCCUCGAGUUGGAGUACCGCGAAGACGAUGAAGACGACGAGUUGUUGUACCACCUGGGCGCCGCCUUCCCCGCGCUCCGGAAGCUGAAAGUGCGGAGGUAUCGCCGG